CUUUUUUCUGCCUUAUCUUUCUUUCACAUUCUCUAUUCCUUCUACAACGACCGUACAUAUUCAAAUUACAAAAAAGAAAAAGGUGAGUAUGGUGAGAAAAGCUGAUGAGAAUAAUUCAGUUCCUAAAUGGCUUGAAAUUCUUCUAGUAGAGAAAUUCUUUACUCCAUGUUCACUUCACAAGUCUUGUAAGAAGAAUGACAAGACUUUCUUUUGCUUGUCUUGCUGCUCUGCCAUUUGCUUCUCUUGCUUCUCUUCUCAUCCUACUCAUACUUUUCUUCAGAUAAGAAGAUAUGUGUACCAUGAAGUUAUACGACUAGGAGAUGCUGAGAAGCUGCUGAAUUGUUCUCUUGUACAACCAUACACAACAAAUAGAGCAAAAGUAGUGUUUCUGAAACAAAGAAGGGCAAAGAGAAGAGGUUUGAGAGGAGGAUCGGGUAAUUUGUGCAUCACAUGCCUUCGCAGUCUUCAAUAUCCAUAUCUCUUUUGCUCUCUUUCAUGCAAGAUGAAUCAAAAGGUGAAUGACAAAAUUGAAAUAAUGAAGAAACAACAAAGGAAUUAUGAUUAUCUUCCAACUCGAAGCACAACAGAAAACCAAACCCCAACCUCCGUUCUGGAAUUGGAUUUCCCCUCCGCCGUCUCAGAAACCGCCGCCGCCAUUAAAUUAGUGAAGAAGAAUCGUAGCUGUGUGAAAUCGUUAGCGGCGGUUCUGUGCCGGCCGAGAUGCUUCCCCAUCUCCGAUAUCGGCACCGCCGUGAACCGCCGAAAGGGCGUUCCUCAAAGAUCGCCGUUAACUUGAUUUUCCUACUAUAUCUCUACCAUAUAUUAAUUAUUAUUAUAUAUGUUUGCUUCGUUAUGAUAUAAUAAUGUAUGUAAUCAAAUUUCGUAUUGUAUAUUGUAAUUAUUUCCCUAAAAGCCCU